CGGGCGUUUAUCCUUACUUGAGGGGCGAUUUCAAGCCACUGUUAGACAAAGUCGCCGAUGAUGUACAGCGGCGUUGAUUGGCGCCGCUGACAGGAACCCGUCCACGUCAUUUGGUCGUGUGCACUCAGCCCGCUGAAUAGCCGGUGACUUUUCACAACGUCCAACCAUCGCGUACUGCAGCAAAGCACCCAUCAUUCUCCGACGACAUGAGAUAAUAACACCACUUUGAGAUAGAUUUCGUAUUCAGCAGUUGCUUAGCAGCGCUCUGGUUCCCUCAAUCAACCCGCCCGACCACAGGCCUCGGUCCUGCACGCCUUCGUCAUUUGCCUAUCAGCCUCACCAGGUUGAUGCCGGGCCUGCCCUAACGACCAUGUCGCCAGAAGAAAUCGAUGGUGAUGGGGCCGUAGACUCUCAGGGCCUUGAGCCGCUUGCCUGCGUGUCCUGCCGCUCGCGCAAGCUCAAGUGCGAUCGCACAAAACCAGCAUGUGCGCGAUGCACCAAAGUCAGUGCUGAGUGUGUAUAUCCCGAGUCACGGCGCAAGCCGACCUUUAAACGUCGCAAUGUCAAGGAACUGGAAGAGCGAUUGGCACAAGUCGAGGGUUACUUGAAAGAUAUCACAAAGGGAAAGCCGGUUGAGAUAUCGGACGAUACCAGCCCCGAAACAGAUGGCGGCGGUGCCAUGGACGACUUGACAUUCAACGCUGCUCCUACAACUCCGUCUCAGUCAGUGCCCAAUGUCCAGGCCAACGUCACCUUUGAUGACUUUGGCACCACGAGUCAAGAGCUCGUGGGCUUGAACAUGACAGAGGCACUGCCCCCCUUUGCAUUAAUGGAGGAACUAAACCGCAUCUUCUUCGCCGCACAGUACAGCCAUAUUCCCAUCAUCCACGAAGGACGAUACUAUGAGGCCUUCUACGGUAGCCCCUUGCGCAAACCUCCCAUGGCUCUACAAUACUGUAUAUGGGCCAUGGCGACACUGGAUAACAGUAAACAUGCGCACUAUGGCGAUAUAUUUUACAAGCGUGCGAGGCAGUAUCUGGAGGCAGAUGAGAUGAAGGGUCAAGGAGAACACUUUAUUACGCUUGCGCACGCGCAGGCUUGGGCUCUUAUGGUGACGUAUGAAGCUCGUCGAAUGCUCUUCACACGCGCCUGUGUCAGCUGCGGCCGCGCCGUCCGCCUCGCACAAAUGAUGGGAUUGGACAGACUCGACGGCGGUACGGCCGAUCUUCCACCAGCUCUGGGUCCGACAACAUCCUGGGUCGAGCGAGAAGAGCGGCGAAGGACAUUUUGGGGUAUAUUUUCAGUCGAUUCCCACGCAAGCAUAUCAACUGGCUGGCCCAACCUGAUGAAUACUAACGAUAUUAUGACACGCCUUCCAAGCUCAGAAGCAGCGUUUGCUUCUGGUCAAGAAGAAACCACAUCUUUCCUUCACGAAGUAUUCAAGGGUGCCCCGUACUCGAGCUUCGCAGGAACCAUUGUCACUUGCGAAUGCUUCAAGGCCAUUCUGCGACACGUCCACCGGCCCAAGCCCAACGACAACCCGCAGGAUAUCAUGGAGGGCGAGUUUUGGAAGCGCCAUCGCGAGAUUGACAACGACCUGUCAAGUAUCUUCAUGUUUCUACCGGACAGCUUUCGUCUGCCACAGAGCCGUGGCGAUGCACCCGCCAUCUAUGCCAACCUAAACCUCCACGCCGCCGUCAUCUGUCUACACCACGCAGCUCUCGAUAAGGCUGACGAAUUUAACCUCGGUGAGACUAUCCGCAGCGCCAGUAUCGCGCGACUGCGGUCUUCAGCCGAUGAAAUUGUCAACAUUGUAAAAAUGACGUCUCACAAUGUUCACCUCUACAGAUCACCGCUAUGUUCACUAGCACUAUACUGCGCAUCUACGGUAUACAUCUACAUUGCAAAGAUGACCCCAACCAAGGUUGUAAAUCCCGUCGACUCAGCCAAUCUGGAAAUCAUCAUACGCGGCAUGGAAGCCAUCAGCCGUAACCAUAGAAUUACACAGGCCUUUCUACAGCAGACCUGUAUCGAUAUUCAAGGCAAUGGCCUUGGUACUACGGUGCACAUUGCUACACUGAAAAAGUAUGGGCAGCACCUGGGCCAGUUCUCAGCCAACAUCCCGCUUGUCGCGCGCAGCCAUAUCUCCAAACACAGCACAGUCAGCCCUGUGCUGCCUGGUAAGCUACCACUGGGGAAUCCGAUUGGAACUGCGUUCCCGGCAGAACCGGCGUACAGCAACCAGCGGCUGCCACUCAUGUCUGGAUGCUCCGCGACCACCCCAACAAACCCCAUCGAUGUCGACUUUUACCAGCCCAUGAUGGGCGCAGUCAACCGAAACAUGAGCGCGCCUGAUGAACCAUCACACAAACGCAAGCGGCGAAACGAGUCGUCAACAGCAACGGCAACAGCAGGCUGGACACCGGUAUCCGAGGCUCUCAAGGCCGACUUUUUCAGCAACGGCUGGACCAUGGACAGCACGACGGAGACGUUUGCAUCGGGAAUCACGCCGUCCAAUAAUCCCAUUAUACUUCCCGAUCGAUCGACGCCAUCGAGUGUAUCGUCACCGGCACACAGACAGCCUCCCGCGGUAGCAGAGCUCUCGAGUAGCAGCGACGCAUCUGGCCACACGCCUACCGGGCUGGGUAACACGGCAGAGGAAAACAGAAUUGACUUUUCGGCGUUCCAGGAUAAGAUUAGUGGCCCGCUGUGGCCACUAGAAGACGGCGUUUUGAACCCGUUGGUAGAAGGGGGCGGCGACCCAUGGGCGUUUCUCACUGGCGAGAGUGGCUGGAACAACAAUGCAUAGGCGUUUAUGACAAUUGUAUUAUAUAUAUUGUAUUUAUGUAUAUGGAAGCUGGAAUAAUACACAUUCACAACUCUGAUAUCUCAUGUCACUGAUAGUUUCUUCACUAAAAAACGAAGACAGGUGCAUGCACACAGGUUCACAACAUACGUACGCCACUGAAAUACCAAGAAAGAAGAAAAGCAGUUUUCAUCUAAAAGUUUGUCCGUAUCUUCAUAUCUCGUAAGCAGAAAAAAAGUAAAGCCACCCGCAGAAAGCAAUUGAAAUAACCGAUUCGCUGGCUACCCCCUCCCAAAAAUAGAACGCCGUAAUGAAUAACAAAAGAUACACCCAUAUGCCCUAAAUACACCCGCAGCCACAGCCACACGUGCCUUACAAUGCAAUGUAUACAGCGGCUGCCAGAGCACCCAUCAUCAAGCCCAUCCGCUUCUCUACGACAGCAGCGCCGCUAUCUGCCGACGGCACCCCCGACUUUGCACUAACUGCCGUGGCAGCCGUUGUGACAGAAGCCGAGGCCGAUCCAAUCUCGACGACAUCCGAGGUCGAGGACCCCGUGGUAGCGCCGACCUUGCUCUGGGCCAGCGAGAUCUGGUUCUUAUCGAGAUCGUACACGACGUACGCGCUGCGGAGGAACGUGUCGCCGAGAAUCAUGGUGUUUUCGCCGGCAGGCGAGAUGCCCAGAAUACACGCGGCCUCGUUGUUGGUGAACGUGAGCUCGCGGCCGCGCGAGUUUGUCGCAUUGAUGACCAUUUCCGAGAUGGGCACGGUGAUGCGGGCCGGCGACGAGAAGGAAAAGGUGAACGUUGUGUUGUACUUUGCCAGAUGGCACGGCACAAAGGCCGUCUCCUGGCCCUGGUCCCAGGUGGCGCCGAGGGCGUCGUAGACCUGGCUGACAAUGUUAUUGGGCAGGUAUGUCAGACUGGUGCCUGUGUCGAGAAGCACAGCAAGGGCCAUGUCGUUCUGGACGGUGGUAUCGUUGAGGGCAAAGCCCGUCAUGGUGAUGAGGAACUCCUUGUACUGGUUGCCGGCGGACUUUUGGACGGGCAGCGCAACGAGAGGCUCAUGGUACUGCGCCUUGUCGAUGCCGCCAAAGAGGAUCUUGCCCGUUGAUGCAGCCAGGUCGUUGAGCCAGAUGGAGUAUGCGUUGGACGCAAUGGUGCCCUGCGCGGCUAGCUUGGCCGGGAAGUUCUGGUACGACUUGCCGUCGCCCGUGGAGACGGAGGCUUCGUUGGCGGUGUAUCCGAUGCCUAGGAUGCCUUGGGCCGAUGUGCUUCUGUAGCCGAUGCCGAACUGUAAGUCUUUGAGCGUUGUCGAUCCAAAAGCGACGGUGUCGGUGGCGUAGUCGCCAAUGGCAAAGGUGCCGUCGCCGUAGGUGAUGUUGAAGUUGCUGCUGAGGUAGUUGUAUGUGGAUGACGAGUUGGGGCUGUAGACGCCGGCUGCUGAGCACAGCGAGUGCUGGAUCGUGCAUGUCCGUGAUGUCGGCGUGUUCACCCACAUGUCGGAGCUGCCGGUGUCGAUGGGGAGUCGGACCUGUUGUGGCGGCGUGCCGACGCUGACGUUGAAGAAGUAGAGGGUUUGCUGGUAAGCGGAUAUGUUAGCUUGGAUGUGAAGAUUAAAAAAAAGAAAGACAAAAAAUGAGGGCAGAUGCUGCAUACUUGAUUGCUAAUGGAUGCUUGGAUGGGUGACGAGCGUUUCUGUUGAAUGUGGCGGGUGGCAGCAUCACGCUCAAUGUCGAGGGCUAGCACGCGCGGCUGCGCUUGGGGGGCAGCAUUGGCCGCGUCCAAGAGGAGAGCGAGGCCCAGGACGAUGGCUGAAUGCAUCGUGAACGGGCUGUGGUGGUGAUGCUGGGCGUGUGUGGGCGAAGAGUGUAAGCGGCAGCAGCACGUAUAAGCAAGGCUGUGAGGUUGUAUGAGGGCGAUCCUCUUGUCGGGUUGUCGCUUCCAGUCGGAUUAAUAUAUACUCUCGCGUGUGUUUUUUAUCCUCAGACGGAUAGGGCGAAUUCUGUUGGAACGCCUUCCAGUGUCGUGUGUUUUUUUUUUGCCUUGGGUGGUGGCUCGACGGCGAUGCGUAAUGCCUUGACGUUGGCAGUGGUCUGCUGGUGGUGGUAGUGGUGGUGGUGGUGCUAUUGGUACACUCUAAUGAUCCGAACUAUCCGCAGUGUAUAAACGCCGAUGAAGAAACGACGAGGCCAAGUCGACAAUUAAAGAACAAAAAGGCAAAUAGCAGCAGUAUCAGUACUAGUAAUAGCUUACGCAGGUCCGGGA